CUUCCCAUGGGGACUAUCAAUUUGUAUUUUUUUUUUAUUUUUUUAUUUUUCACAGUAGAAAAAAAAAAUGUUCGUUUCCCGAUAAUCUCUGUUUUUUUUUAUCUUCCAACCAAUCUAUGGAUACAACUAUGCAACAAAGAAGCAUAGCGCGUGUCUACGCCGACGUCAAUUUACAACAGCCGAAAAGUUACUACGAGUACGACGAUCUUCAAGUCCGUUGGGGAGUGCAGGACAAUUAUGAAAUCUGUCGCAAACUCGGCCGUGGCAAAUAUUCGGAAGUGUUUGAAGGCAAAAACAUGCAAUCCAACGAACGAUGUGUCAUCAAAGUCUUGAAGCCUGUCAAGAAGAAGAAGAUCAAACGAGAAAUCAAGAUUUUACAAAACCUUCGUGGUGGCACCAAUAUCGUCGAAUUAUUAGACAUUGUGCGAGAUCCCCAGUCAAAUACUCCAUCUUUGGUGUUUGAAUUUAUCAACAACACCGAAUUCAAAAUCUUAUAUCCCAGAUUCUCCGAUUACGAUGUACGAUACUAUAUGUUUGAACUGUUAAAGGCUAUUGAUUACUGCCAUUCACGAGGUAUCAUGCAUCGUGAUGUGAAGCCACACAAUGUCAUGAUCGAUCACGAAAAGCGACAGUUGCGAUUGAUCGAUUGGGGUUUAGCCGAUUUCUAUCUUCCCGGCAUGGAAUACAAUGUCCGUGUGGCAUCAAGGUGUUUCAAGGGGCCCGAGCUACUUGUGGAUUUCCAGAUGUACGAUUACAGCUUGGACAUGUGGAGUUUUGGUACAAUGUUGGCCGGCAUGGUGUUCCGAAAAGAACCCUUCUUCAAUGGACAUGAUAACUACGAUCAAUUAGUCAAGAUCUCCCGUGUUCUCGGCACCGAUAAACUAUUCGCUUAUCUGAAGAAAUACAAUAUCCGAUUAGACUCACAUUAUGAUAACAUUCUCACACGAUGCGCACCGAAACCUUGGACGAAAUUCGUAACCGCAAGCAACAGCCGUUACAUGUCUCCCGAAUUGUUCGAUCUGUUGGACAAACUGUUAGAAUAUGAUCAUCAGCAAAGACUGACAGCUCAGGAAGCCAUGGCUCACAGUUAUUUCGCUCCCGUCAGAGAAGCGAACAAUUAAACGACGUCUGCUCGCCCUGUUUAGCCAAAUCAGUGAUAAACAUUUUUCAUUGUUCCUUCAUCCAGUGAUGCUUGGGAUAUUUUUUUCGUUUAGGAGAUUCAAGAGGAAGAUAGGGAGAGGAAAAAAAAGAAGUGCUGACACUGUAAUUUACGCGAUUUAUCCAUCCGCCUCGGCCUCGGUUCCUGUUUUUCACCUUUACACGUUUCUUAAUUUUGCAGCUUCAAAAUGUGAUCUAUUCAUCAUGCAUUCAGUCAUUGAUUACUUUGGGAGUGAUAAUCACCAAUUCAUAUACAAGUGUAUACUUUCAUGACGUCUUAGAACGCUUUAUCUAAUAGAUUAUAGCUUGCGGAUCGCAUGAUAUGAGGAACGUUCUACGCAACGUUACACAGUCAUUGCUUUCAUCACGUUUUUUUUAAAAGUUGUCGCG